GUACAAACCACAAGUGGCGUGCUUUAACUGAAGGAAAAGCUCCCUAAAAAAGCCCAUCUCUUUCUCUCUCUUCUGAGACACUCUGUAAAUAUACACACUGUGCCUCUCCCCCUACUCUUCCUCCCUCCUCUUUCCCAUACAUUUUCUCUCUCUACAUUUCUGGAAAACGUGUGUAAAUGAAGUAUUUAGGAGGGAAAAUAAAAUUAAUUUUACCCACCAUUUUUACAUCACCCCAAACAACAACUCAUCAAUUCAUAGCCAUUAUUAUAAUUACAGAAAAUAAUAAAUUUCUACAAAAGAACAGAUUUUUUCAUUGAUCUUGAGAUUCGGGUCAGAAGAAAAAAUUUCCCCCAAAAAAAGUUUCUGCAGUUUUGCAGAGAGGAUUAAUGGUAAAGGCGGCUAGGAGUUAAUUACGUGGUGAUGUGGUCUGAUAGUGAGAUGGGUUUUCAGGGAACAUGUAAUUUAUUGCACCCAUUUGGUAAAAGGGUGCAAAUUUAAUUAUUUUUUUGUUGAGGAAAAUAAGGAAAAAAAGAAUAGUUUUUACUGGGUUUUGGAUAAAUUGAGAUUACUGAGCUGGGUUUCUGCUGUUUCUCUCUCUUUAUUACUUGGUUGAAGUUUAAGUUUUGCUUAGAGAGAGAGAAAAAAAACAGAGGAAAAAGAAAAGAGAGAAAAAACAGGGAAUUUAGCUUGUUGAAGAGGGUUUGUGUUAUUUAAAGGGUUGAACUUUCUCAACUUUUUUUCUGGGGAAAUCUGUUAAUUGAUUUUUAAGAGUAACCAAACAUUCUUUUGAAGUUGUUUUAGUUUGGAGUAAAUUAGUAAAUUUUGAGUGGUGAAGAUGAAGUUCAUGAAAUUGGGUUCCAAGCCUGAUGCUUUUCAAUUUGAUGGUAGCACUAUAAGAUACGUCUCCUCUGACCUUGCUACUGAUGUCGCUGUAACUGUGGGGGAUGUGAAAUUUUACCUUCACAAGUUUCCUCUAUUGUCAAAGAGCAGCCGUCUGCAAAAGCUUAUAGUGGAAGCAGAUGAAGAAAAAAGUGAUGAGAUUCAUUUGGCGGACUUUCCUGGCGGGCCAAAAGCUUUUGACAUUUGUGCCAAAUUCUGCUAUGGGAUGACUGUUACUCUCAAUGCUUAUAAUGUCGUUGCUGCACGUUGUGCUGCGGAGUAUCUUGGGAUGACUGAGGAUGUCGAUCGAGGAAAUCUCAUAUACAAGAUAGAGGUUUUUCUCAAUUCCAGUAUUUUCCGUACUUGGAAGGACUCAAUCAUCGUCCUUCAAAAUGCUAAAUCUGUUUUACCAUGGUCUGAAGAUUUGAAGAUUACUGGGAGAUGCAUAGAUUCUAUUGCAUCCAAGACCUCAGUGGACCCUACAAAAAUCACAUGGUCGUACACGCAUAACAGAAAAUUGGCAAUGCAAGACAGGAUUAUCGAGCAGGAGACGAUUGAAUCAGUUCCCAGAGAUUGGUGGGUUGAGGAUAUAUGUGAAUUAGAUAUCAAUAUGUACAAGCGAGUUAUGAUUGCUAUUAAAUCCAAGGGGAGAAUGGAUGGUUCUGUGAUCGGGGAAGCUCUAAAGAUGUAUGUCAUCAGAUGGCUGCCAGAUUCUCUUGAUACUUUGGUUUCUGAUGAUCAUAUCCAAAGAAACAAAUCUUUGGUGGAAACAAUCAUAUGUUUGUUACCACCUGAAAGAUCACUGGGUUGUUCUUGUAGCUUCUUGUUCAAGCUAUUAAAAGUUGCUGUUCUAGUUGAUGCAGAUGAUUCAGCUAGGGAAGACUUGUUGAGGAAAGUUAGCACGAAGCUUGAUCAGGCAUCAGUUAAAGACCUUUUAAUCCCAGCAAGGUCUCCCCAACCUACUGUUUAUGAUGUUGAACUGGUUUUGUGCAUUGUGAAAAGAUUCGUGCUUCAGGAAAAAAGCUGUUGGGAGUUAAAUAUUUAUGAGAACAACGAGAAGGGCGAGUUAGAGUUAGGUCCAGACCGUGGAUCUUUGUUAAAUGUUGGCGGACUGGUUGAUGCAUAUCUAGCCGAAAUUGCUUCUGAUCCGAAUUUGUCCCCUUCGAGUUUUAUGGAACUGUCAAAAUUGAUACCUGAGUCAGCAAGACCAAUCCAUGAUGGAUUGUACAGGGCUGUGGAUAUGUACUUAAAGGAGCAUCCAGAUUUGAGUAAAGCAGAGAAGAAGCAAAUAUGCGCGUUAAUGGAUGUUAAGAAGUUCACAAUGGACGCAUCAUCGCAUGCUGCACAAAACGAGCGGCUCCCUCUUAGACUGGUAGUCCAAGUGUUGUACUUUGAGCAAAUGAGGUCUGCUAGUACAACUCAGACCGUAGGCAGAACUUCCAACAUCACUUCAUCUUCCACGCCAAACGAGGAAGAAGAAUGGGACCAAAGAACCCUAGGAAGCUGUAAGUCACUGAGGAAACAGAUGGACAAAGUGAAGAUUGAGGACGAUGAAGAAGCACAAAGAAAUGGGAAAAUGAUGGCUAAGAAGAACAAUAGUAAAAACAGUCGGAGUGGGGCACAGUUGCUUCCUUCUCGUUCAAGGAGAAUAUUCGAUAAGUUGUGGGGUAUGGGUAAAGGGAAUGGUGAGAGCAAGAGCUCUGAGACAAGUGGGAGUUCUCAGUCACCAACUACUUCACUUGUUCCAGGCGAUACUAAGUCGUCUGGUUCGAGCUCAAGAAAUAGGAGACAUUCUAUUUCUUGAAAGAAAGCUGGCAGGACGACGGGCGGACGGACUGACCACUAUUAGAUGUGGAUAUACUAAGGAGAUAUGAUGAUCCGUUUGUGUAAAAAAAUGUGGUAGGAUUAACUUUCUUCUUUUGUUGUUGUUGUUGUUGUUGUUGUACUUAGUUUAUGGGAAAAAAUCGGGGAUAUAUCUGCUAACAAAAAAGGUGGUAUCUAAGUGCAGAAAAUGUAAUCAGUUGCUUAUGUAAGUGUCUUUAUGGUGCUAAAACCAACUUAGGUCCUAAUUUAUUCUUGUUUAGUUUAAUAUUUUUCCCUAAUGAAAUUUUUAAAAAGAUGGAACUA